CUCAGUUCAGCCAAGUUGUCGGCAAGAGGAAAUUCUGCAAGUCAUGGUGGGCCAUUCAAAGCGAGAGGGGAGUGACAACCACAUAGAGAUCUAAGGCAAUAAGUGCGUAGUUAGUUGGAAGUGACUGAUGACAGUGGCUGUUUAUGCAUGUGGAGGCAUUCGGAGUCAUUUGUCAGUAAACUCUUCCUCAAAAUGCUUUACUUGAAAAAGUACUUCACAGAGGGUCUUAUUCAGUUCACUAUCCUCCUGAGUCUAAUUGGGGUACGGUUGGACUUGGACACUUAUUUAAACAAUCAGCUCCCCCCACUCCGUGAGAUCAUCCUGGGCCCCAGCUCGGCCUACACCCAGACGCAGUUCCACAAUCUCCGUAACACCCUGGACGGCUAUGGCAUCCAUCCUAAAAGUGUGGACCUGGACCAUUUUUUCACCACUCGUCGGCUUCUGAACCAGGUGCGCUCCCUGGAUCAUCUGCGUGUGCCCAGCACCGAGCUGAGUGCCUGGCUGGUGCAUCGUGACCCUGAGACUGUGGUUUCGGCAACCAGUCAGUCUGGCCCCAGCAUUGCCCUGGACAAUGGGGGCAGCCUGGAGGACGUGAACAACUCCGAAGCCUCGGCAAUGAGAGGGGCUGGCGGUGCUUCUGAGACCACUUACAGCCUCAGCGGAGAGGACAGCCUGGGAGCCGUGGCCCCUGAGGACAGUCAGGAGCAAGGGGAGAGAGAGAGCAGCGACGACCUCUCCAAAGAGGACAUUGACCUCAUAGACAUCCUAUGGAGGCAGGAUAUUGACCUUGGUGCUGGCCGAGAAGUACUUACCAGUCUUGGUGCUCAGACUUCAUUAUCCCUGCAGGAAUGUCUGAGGCUUCUGGAGGCCACCUUUCCAUUUGGAGAAGAGCCAGAGUUCCAGGCCACUGGAAUACCCAUUAACCUGCAGUUUCAAUCCACCUUUUUCUUGCCCUUCCGAUCUCAUCCGUGUCCACAUAGGCUUACUUCCACGAUGAAGAAAAAGGACAUGGAGGUGAACAAUACAGCAGUAAAUGUCACCAUGAAUAAUGACCCCAAUAACAACAAUGCCAGCACCACCGAAUCAGCCACAAUAGGAAGUUUUGAACUCCCACGGUCCACUCUCAUUAACCAGGAUGUUAGUCUCCACCAGGCUUCGCUUCCCAGUUGCAGCCAGGACUUUCCCACACUCUUCAACCCCGAGCUGGAUUCCACCGGGGUACAGCGGCCUACCUUAGUCAGGCUCUCUUCUAGCAACUCCUCCAACAUCAAUUCAACAUUUGGAGCUACUAACUUGACCGGACUCUUUCUUCCACCACCUCUAAACAAUACUACAAACCUAACCACCACUCCGGUGCUGCCAGAUCCAUUUUCCAGUCUGUUGGAAGAGUCUAUGCUGGAUGAAAUUAGCCUGCUGGACCUUGCGAUGGAAGAGGGUUUCAGCCAAGACCAGGCUUCUCAGCUUGAGGAUGAGCUCGAUUCCGACUCAGGUCUUUCACUGGACUCCAGCCAUAGCCCAGCCUCACCUAGCAACUCAGAGACAUCCUGCUCGUCAGCUGCAUCAUCUUCAUCCACCUCUGCUACGUUCUCAGAGGAAGGAGCUGUGGGCUACAGCACCGAUUCGGAGGCGGCCACAGCAGAAGCGGAGGAAGGAGCCGUCGGGGGCUACCAACCAGAGUAUAGCAAGCUGUGCCGCAUGAGCUACCAAGAUCCAUCUCAGUUCCAUGGCAUACCGCAGUUGGAAAAUGUCAAUCACAACCACACCUACAAUCUUCCACUGGCAUCAUCCUACUCUGAGCGUUCUCAGCUGUCCGCAUCCUGCAGCAAGAAAGGCAGAGACAAGCAAAUGCAGCAGAUGAAGCUCCAGCCACCACAAGACUGUGUUGACAGGCAGUCUAGCCGUGAUGAACGUAGGGCGAGGGCCAUGGACAUCCCAUUCUCCAAUGACAAGAUCAUUAACCUCCCCGUCGAGGAGUUCAAUGAGCUUCUGGCCAAGCACCAUCUCAACGAGGACCAGCUCUCGCUCAUUCGCGACAUCCGCCGCCGCGGAAAGAACAAAAUGGCGGCGCAAAACUGCCGUAAACGCAAGCUAGACACCAUCCUGAAACUCGAGCAGGGCGUGCAAGACCUGCAACGCGAAAAAGCUCAGCUGCUGAAGGAGAAGAUGGAGUACUGUAAGUGCAUCAGACAGACGAAGCAGAAGGUUCAAAGUCUUUCCCAGGAAUUGUUCGCACAGCUGCGGGACGAGGAAGGCAGACGCUACUCGGCCAGCGAAUACUUUUUGCAGUACGGCCCUGAUGGCGUUCUUCUCCUGUCUCGUAACAUGACCACAGAACAAAGCAACAAGACCGACAAGAAGCAGAAGGACAAAAAGAAGUGAGGAACUCGAACUGUUGCCCUUUUAUUUUUCGCGAAGGCACUACCAUACAAAGUAUUUCGAAAGGCAAAGGAAGCCUUUUUCUUUGAGACGAUUCUAGCAAGGAAAAGAAAAUUGCAUCAUUGGUUACUCUUCCUGCAUUGGGUUUUCUUUGUUCCUUUUUGGUUCAGAAGUUUUCUCCUGAAAGCGGCAUUAAAGCAGACGUGCUUUAUGUAGUACUGAUUUCUCAUUGUUGUACAGAAAGAUGCAAGCGAACGGGAUACUUUCAGAUGCCAACUGAAAGAACUGUCCAGAACGUGAGGUCAUGGAGGACACCAACAAAAUGUUCUUAAUUGAAAGAACUGUUCGGUAAUGCUCCCAAAAAUGUAGUCGAUGACAAUAAUACACCAUACUAAGAUGGCGUUGACCACGAGGAUGCAAAAAUUGUUACAUUUUCAGCAUUAGCGCAUGCUGUGUGUUUGUGCGUACUUUGGGAUUUCAUUGGUGGAUGAGAAGCAGAACCCCUGAGAGCUGGUAGAAGAAGAGUCUACUGAACGCUAGAAGUGAAGCCAAAAGAAACUACAGGCAUGCCAAUACUAACCAAAGGUUGUGUUGUUCCCAUAACGAAUCAUACAGGUCACUCUUUGGAUCCAAAUUCACGUUUUCACUUAAAAAAAAAAAAAAAGAACAAGUUUGUUAGUCUCACUGGACCGCAAACCUGGAGGGUCAAUGCCAUUUACCAAGGAACUUGGACGGCGAAACGAAUCGCGCUAAUGAGUGAGUUGGAAUUUAGCUUUGGCUUGAUGAAAAGCAUUACAGAUGGAGGAUGGAUACACACUGCAUUAUUACUAAUAAAUCGGCUUCUGUACCCUUUUCAGCACUGUAAAUCAACACUGUAGUUUGCCUAUAAGCUUUUUUCAUCUUCUGCUGGGGAAAGGGUCUCUCAGGCCUUUCUGUCAGCUUUUAAUGUAACUCUCUCCCAUGUGCAUAAACUUUUUAAUAAGCCAUCAAGACACGGACACUUGAGUGGCAUCAGUGCAGUUUGCUCCUGAAUCAUGUGAUUGAGUCUGGUGUGUCUUGGUAUACAGGAUUAAUUGAAACGAACCGAGUCGUUUGCUUUUAAAGUUCAUAAUGUUUAGCCUUUGUUGCAGGUCAAAAUGCUCUGUUGCUACUGCAACUCAUGCUAGUGGCUUUUGUCUGGUGCAGUGGAGGAACGUUAAGAGAUGCUUUUGUUACAGUUGUACUGUCAUUUGAAAAAGGAAUUAAAAUUCUCACCAAAAUAUACGAAUAGUAGCAGGCAUAGGUUGUUACUACAUUUAAACUACAACUUCUCAUUAGCUGCGUCAGUGUCUAAGCUUUGAUGUGACGUGAACCUGACUUUUUUUCUUUUACCCAAUACACUACUUUUAGUAAAAGUACCUUCAUUGCUAAUUGAGUGAAGCCAUGAAUGGUCUCCUGGCAAAUUAAAGCAGUUAAGCUUGUGCCAAUAACCAACUGGAUCGUGCUUUACUGCAGCCUGAGGAUACAGCUGACUUUAUACACUGACAUAUCAAUGAAUGGGUAGAAAAAAACCGUAACACUGGUGUGAAUGUCUAAUUUACAUGUUGUUCAUCUUCAUCCUCUUCUGUCAGUCUCUGUUGCUUCCAUCUACACUGUUCAUAUAGCACCAUGAGACACAGUCAGUGUCCGUUUUGGUGUGACAUGAAUAAAUAUGCAAGACAUGGUAAUUUUUUGUCUCAGAAAUGGAAAAGAGACAAUCUUUGUUACUGGUUACAAAUACUUAGCAUAGUUGGGGUAGAGAUAAUGAAAAAAGAUGAGCGAUUCGUUCACUUCGAUGAACUUUGAAUCCCUGUUACACUGUCAUAACUACUUGCCAUUAAGCACUGUUGUGUUUCGUUCGUCUUGUUCGGUUUGUAAAUAUUUUUGUGUUCUGUAUGUCUCUUGUCCUAAUUGCUUGGUUUAGCCAGGCCUUUUUGCACCUCCUUUGGAUUUGCCUGUUCAGAGUAUUCCUAUAUGAUUUAUGUUGAGAGAUUUGCUGGCAAUCUGGAAUUGUUCUGUUAUUAAUUAUAAUAAACAUUUGUUUCAUUUC